GGUUGUACGCCGCAUGCUCUGACAAUUACUGUACUGAGCAUUUCGGAAGCUCCAAUGGCUCUUGGCAAAGAACUGGUUUCACCGUGUGAAUUUUCCCUGUUUGCAUGAGGCAGGCCCCUGCAGAGCUGAGGCAGUAUGACGCCGCGGGGCUAAAGCCUCGCUCGACGACCUGCAACACAAGCUUUCUCCAGCUCCAAGCUGCAGGAACACACUUACACAACUCUUCAACCCGUAGAUCGUCAGGAGCUGCGCUUCUGUCGAGAUGGCUUACAACCGCCGAGACGACGACCUGGCGUACGGAGACUAUCAUCAUGGGCAGCAGCCGCCGCCGCAGCAGGAAGGAGAAGAGGGCGAGCGCGGCUUCAUUGGCGAUAUGGGAAAGCGCAUCUUUGGCGGCCAGAAGGAUGACUCCCAGCAACAAGGCUCUUCCAACGAAGGCGGCAUGUCGUUCGUUUUCGACAAACUCCACCGCGCCGUCCACGACAUCGGUACCGACAUAAAAGAUAAGAUAUCGAGCAAGGAGGAUCAGCCCAGCAAACCCCAGCAAGGUCCCUACACUGAGCAAGGCGCUCCGGCGCCUCAGCCCGGGCAGGAAUAUCACAAUCAGCACAGGUUUCUCAGCUUUGCGCCUGAACGGCGCGGGAAUGACAUCAAGUGGUAUGUCGACGGUUGCGGCUAUAUGUGGGCCGUGAGCGCCGCCAUCGAACGUGCUCGAGAAUCAAUAUGGAUCCUCGAUUGGUGGUUAUCACCAGAGCUCUACCUCCGCCGACCUCCCGCAAAGUACCAGCAAUAUCGAGUCGACCGCCUCCUUGAAGCUGCCGCUAGGCGCGGCGUCAAGGUCAAUAUCAUGGUGUACAAGGAAGUCACCCAGGCUCUGACUCUGUCGUCCGCCCACACGAAGCAUGCUUUGGAGGCUCUUCAUCCCAACAUUGCCGUCUUUAGGCACCCCGACCACUUGCCCGAUACGGCGGUGCUCGGAUCUUCUUUCUUUCAAUCACUGCAGAAUAUGUCGUUCAGUCCUGCCAAGCUCGCGCAGCUACCUGGAGACAGUCUCAAGGCGAUUUACGGUGCUCAUGAGGACACGGUUCUGUACUGGGCACAUCACGAGAAGCUAUGCCUUAUCGAUGGAGAGAUUGCGUUCAUGGGAGGGCUGGAUCUUUGCUAUGGCCGGUGGGAUACUAAUCAGCAUUCAAUUGCGGACGCUCACCCCGGUGACUUGGAUCGCAUCGUCUUUCCUGGGCAAGACUUCAACAACGCUAGAAUAAUGGAUUUCCAGGAUGUCCCGAAUUGGGAGAACAACAAGCUAGAUCGCACCCAGAGCUCCCGCAUGGGUUGGUCAGAUGUUUCUCUAUGCCUCACUGGACCGGCAGUGCAAGAUUUGAGGACACAUUUCGCUCAGAGGUGGAACUUCAUUUACGACGAAAAGUACAGCAAGAAGGAUACCAGGUACUCCAGCGUUUCGGCUACAAGUAGCGGUGCUCAGCAGGGCGGUCACUAUCCGCCACCGCCAACUCAGCAACGAGGUUUCGACGGCGAGGACGAAGAAGAACGCGGGUUCGGUGCUGAUGAAUAUGACGGCCAAGGCAGUGGUGAACGCGGUCUGUUCGGUCGGGGUGGCGGCGGAUUCCACAAGAAGGUGUUCAGCCGCGUUAGCGAAGGAUACCAACGAUACGGCGGCCACCACGGCGGCGCCCACGCACAGCAACAAUCCCACGCCGAACAUAGUGCCCAGCUGGGGAUGGCUGAAUGCCAGAUCACGCGAAGUAGUGCGAAGUGGAGCCACAACAUCUCUACUGAGCACUCGAUCCAAAAUGCCUACUGCGAAAUCAUCAAGAACAGUAAGCACUUCGUCUACAUCGAAAACCAGUUCUUCAUCACAGCCACUGGCAACGAGCAGAAGCCGAUCAAGAACCAGGUUGGCGCUGCUAUUGUCGAGCGCAUCCUCCGGGCUGCUCGCAACGGAGAGAAGUAUAAGAUGAUGGUUAUGAUGCCGUCGGUUCCAGCCUUUGCCGGCGACCUCAAGAGUGAUGAUGCUCUGGGCACGCGGGCAAUCAUGGAAUUUCAAUACGACUCGAUCAAUCGCGGCGGUCACUCAAUCUACGAGGAGAUCGCAAAGGCUGGUUUCAAUCCAAUGGAUUACAUCCGGUUCUACAACCUCCGGAGUUAUGACCGCAUCAAUGCCAGCGGAGCGAUGCGCGCUGCCGAGGAACGCAGUGGCGUAUCGUACGAACAAGCCCGCGAGGGCUACGAUGCGGCUCAUGAAGGUACUCGAGGAGAUUUUGAGGGAAGCCGGGAUCAGUAUCAGGCCUAUCGGCCGCCUCCUACAGCAGAAUAUGGCGUCUACGAGAUGGAUGCUUCUUCUGGUGGAAAUUACGGACAGGGCCAGCAUGGUCAGGACCAAUACGGCCAAAGCCGGCCUAGCAUGAUGGAAGCUGAAUACGGACGGCCGCAAGCGCAAGAAAGGACUGAUGAGCACAAGCGAGAUGACUACAAUAAGUAUCAACAAGCUGCCUCUAAAAUCGGCGGCCGGCAGGGUCUCGGUAGCGGACGUUGGGAUACGGUCAGUGAAUGCUACAUGCUUGGUGGCGAAGAUAUCCGCAAGGUUCCGUGGGAAGGCGGUGCGAUGGAUGAGAUGGAUGCUUUCGUGAGCGAGGAACUGUACAUUCACAGCAAGCUCCUUGUCGCGGAUGAUCAAAUCGUCAUCUGCGGAUCUGCUAACUUGAACGAUCGGUCGCAAAUGGGAGACCACGACUCAGAAAUCGCUAUCAUCGUUCAUGACACAGAGACUGUCGAAUCGUACAUGGAUGGUCGUCCGUGGCGCGCAUCCAAAUUCGCAGCCUCCCUCCGCAGACAGAUAUUCCGCAAGCACAUCGGCUUGCUCAAGCCGCAGAACAUGGAGCGUCCAGACCAGAACUUCGAGCCGAUUGGCGUCCCCAACAUUUACGAUUGGGGCUCUCAGGAAGAUCGACAAGUCGCGGAUCCUCUCUCAGAAGAGUUCCAGUCCUUCUGGAACUGGCGCGCCAAGACCAACACGGACGCCUUUGGUAAGGUUUUCCAUCCCGUGCCAUAUGACGGAGUGCGGUCGUGGAAACAAUACGACGAGUACUAUUCGCGCUUCUUUGCUCAGGACGAGAAAGACAAGGAGCAUAAGAAGCCGAGCCAGUACAAGUGGGGCCAUGUGGUUGCAGAAAACUUCAGCCAGGGCGAGCAAGGCGUGCGGGAAGUGAAGGAGGAGCUUUCUAAGAUUAAGGGGACGCUUGUUGAGAUGCCACUGCUAUUCCUCAAGGACGAAGAUAUUGCCAAGGAGGGUAUGGGCCUGAAUGCCUUUACGGAGGAGAUUUACACCUAAGCUAGGUCCUGAUUGCUGGAUUGGAACGUGCUGCUGGGUGGGCUUGGGGGCUCAACGAAUGUCACCUGUGAAUGAUGGCCUAUGACUAUCUACUGCGUUCUUCUUGCUGCG